GGGCUGUUGGCGGCAGCCAGCACUGUCCUAUCCCCGAGGGGGAGCCCCUGUUCAGCGGGUGCAAGCUGUGGAGCUGGGAGCCGGUGGAUGUGGGCUCAGGGUGGCCUUCCCAACUCUGGGCCAGGAGAACACACAGUCACACAGAUGUUUUGUGCUUCUCUCUUAUGAAUAUCAUCCUUAAGACGUUUAACUGCUGUAAGAAAAUCCAUUCCUCGCUGCCGAAGAAUGAACAGGAUGCUCUCCAGUGAAUCCUUCCAUUCUUCUGCAUUCAGCCGCUCUAACUCACAAGCCUCCGUAGACAGCGCCUCCAUGGAGGACUUCUGGCGGGAAAUAGAAAGCAUUAAAGAGAGCCACGCGGGGCGACAGGAAGGACAGGAAGAGCAGGAAGAGCAGACGCCCGCCGAGGUCAAGCCUGUGGAAGAAGGAGAACUUGAAGCAGAGUGGUUGCAAGAUGUGGGUUUAUCAACCCUCAUCUCAGGUGAUGAAGAGGAGGAUGGCAAAGCCUUGCUCUCCACGUUGACUCGAACCCAAGCAGCUGCAGUGAAGAAGAGAUACAAUACUUACACUCAAACCAUGAGAAAAAAGAAUAAGCAAUCUGUCAGGGAUGUCAGAGACAUCUUUGGAGUCAGCGAAUCUCCUCCAGAUGAUUAUUGUUGUAUCCCAACUCCUCUUUUGGAUGAGACCCUGGAUGAAGAAGGGAUAUCAGCAAUUCCCUGCAGAAAUGGUCAACUGCCAGGUGAUUCCUGUGACCACCUUACUUCUCAGUUGGAUGGCACCCAGGAGGAAAAAGAACUGCCAGGAGUUAUCAAAGCAAGUGUUUCCUUGCCAGAUGAUGCUUCUCUCAAUAGUACCACCCUGUCAGAUGGGUCCCAGGAUGAAGAAGGGAGUUGUGCAGUCCCCAGGAGUGGGUCUUUGUCUACUGUUGAGACUAUUCCAGAUCUUUCAGUUCAUCCCAGUGGAUCACCAGACCCUGUACAGUCAGUGCAGAAUGCAGUGAGUGGUGAUGAUUAUCUGGAAAAAAACAUUCCCCCAGAAACUGAAGAGCUGUCCUUUGAAGUAUCUUAUUCAGAAAUGGUUACAGAGGCUCCAAAAAGAAAUAAAUUUAAGAAGUCAGAUUUUAAGAAAGAAGACUAUGCUUUAACUAGAUUUAUUGUUCAGAAAACCAGAUUUGGCCUAACUGAAGCAGAAGAUCUAUCUGCUGAAGACAUGAAGAAAAUCCGCCAUCUCUCUCUGAUUGAAUUGACGGCCUUUUUUGAUGCCUUUGGAAUUCAACUGAAAAGAAACAAAACAGAGAAAGUAAAAGGGCGAGACAAUGGGAUUUUUGGAGUUCCGCUGGCAGCCCUCCUGGACAGUGACCGAAAGAAGGACCCUGGAGCCAAAGUUCCCCUGGUGUUACAGAAGUUUUUUGAGAAAGUUGAGGAAUCGGGUCUGGAGUCUGAAGGAAUUUUCCGACUUUCAGGAUGUACUGCCAAGGUCAAGCAAUACCGUGAAGAACUGGAUGCCAAGUUUAAUGCUGAUAAAUUUAAGUGGGACAGAAUGUGCCAUAGAGAAGCUGCAGUAAUGCUGAAAGCAUUUUUCAGAGAACUCCCCACCUCUCUCUUCCCUGUGGAAUAUAUACCUGCCUUCAUCACCCUAAUGGAAAGAGGGCCUCACAUCAAAGUACAAUUUCAAGCCUUACACCUCAUGGUCAUGGCACUGCCUGAUGCCAACAGGGACACAGCCCAGGCUCUCAUGACAUUCUUCAAUAAAGUGAUUGCCAACGAAUCAAAAAACCGAAUGAGUGUAUGGAACAUUUCUACUGUAAUGGCACCAAACCUUUUCUUCAGCAGAAGCAAACAUUCUGAUUAUGAAGAAUUACUGUUAGCCAACACCGCAGCCCACAUCAUCCGCCUGAUGCUUAAGUACCAGAAAAUUUUGUGGAAGGUUCCAUCUUUCUUAAUUACUCAAGUCAGACGAAUGAAUGAAGCCACCAUGUUGUUAAAGAAACAGCUGCCAAGUGUCAAAAAGCUGCUCAGGAGGAAAACCAUAGAGCGAGAGGUUACAAGUCCCAAAGUUUCAAAGGUACUACAAAAAUCACCCUCUUCAAGAAGACUGUCUGAUGUGCCGGAAGGAGUCAUAAGGGUCCAUGCUCCACUUCUCUCUAAGGUGUCCAUGGCCAUUCAACUCAAUAGUCAAACCAAAGCCAAAGACAUACUGGCGAAAUUUCAAUAUGAGAACAGUCAUGGUUCAUCAGAACGCAUUAAGAUUCAGAACCAAAGGUUAUAUGAGAUUGGAGGAAAUAUAGGGCAGCAUUGUUUGGAUCCAGAUGCUUAUAUAUUGGAUGUGUAUCAUGUAAAUCCUCAAGCAGAAUGGGUGAUUAAACCCAAAUCAAGUUUUUGAAGUACUCUCCCAGAUGGCAGCUAUCAUGUGUUAUAUACCAAGAAGACCCUCCGUUUGGUAGGGGAGAAGCCACAUUGCUUUUUGACGUGUUUGUUCUUAUAACCCUGUUGGUGUUUCUCAGCCCAAAUGAUGUCUUCCUGCAUUGUCAGCAUGAACUUUGGAAGAGGACCUAGUUGACUGUGAGCUGAUGCUUUCUCAUGAUGGUUCCUUAAAAUGAGUAAAGUAAAGAAGAUUUGAUCUUUCCAGAAGAAAGACUAAUCUUGAACAUGCAAGUCUAAUCAUUUCUGGCACUUUGACUUCACAGCAGAAAUGAACUAGGUCCUAUACCUGGAGAUAAGAAACACUUCUUUGUGUAGCAAAUGCUACCAAAUGUAAGAGGUGGAAAAGACUUUUUAAAAUACUUAUAGACAUAUAUUGACCUUUCUGAACAAGAAUGCCAGAAAUAUCAGCAAUUUCUGCUCUGUAAAAUAAUUCAGAUCUACUUUCCAAAGGGAUUUGGUUUCUUAAGUUACACGUACAGUAUUUAUGCUCUGACCUAACUUCUGCUUAAAGAACACUGUGUUGUUAUGUUUGCCAUCCUGUAUUAUCACUGUCAACAUUCUGAUGCAAAUGGUCAUUUCUGCAUCUUGAACUAUUGAAAACUGUAUUUGUAAGGCUUAUUCUCUUAUGAUCACAGGUCACUAUGGGGAAGGUUAGUUUGACAAAGAGUGUUCUUAUGCUUCCAUAACCUUCUGUAUACGUAGUAGUCACAGAGCCUCUAUUUUCGUAUCAUGAUUUUGGUGCUCAAUGAAUGAAUUGCUUUACAUGUGCCAGACACAGAUUUCCUUUCCUGAUCAAAUAUAUCAUUUUUUAAAAUAUUUUGCAACUGUCAGUAGUCACUUCUGCAGCCCCAAUUGAAAAAUACAAAACCUUCUUUAUCCAACUAUUCUUUAUCCAAGACUGCUGAAAAAUACUGUUAUAUUCAGAUUGUACAUGCUGUAAAAGGAGAUAUUGUUCUGUUCGUCAGUCAUGGACAUGACCAAGCCCAGAGGAUUAGCAUUAGGCUUUAAAAUCAGAUGCAUAUUUGGUAAACUGAAACCUGUCAUGCUAUUGAGAGCCUGCAGAGCCAUUUUCCAGACCUGCAAUUAUGAAGAACACAGUUCUCCACAAUUCUAAUCGAGAGCAAAUCUAAAACAUGCUGAGGUGUCAGUUCUGCCUUGUAUCUUGAGACCUCAGAUACUGUCCCUCUAGGAUUUCCUGGAAAUGGGAAAAGAGGUCUCAUUUAUUCCAUGUGUGUGCUUUGGAUUAGAAUCCACAGGUUGAGAUUUUGAUGAAUUUAUACUGGUUUUAAUGAGAUUUAACACCCAAAUGACUCUCUUGCAAUUCAAACAGUAGGCAAAAUUGCCCACAAAUGCAGAAAAAAUCUUAUCUGCUUACCAGUCUCAAAACAUAAUGUGGUAAUAAUUUAAGCCCAUAUAUAUAAGAAAAAUUUUGUAUGCUGCAUUAUGCCUAGAUAUGUUAAAAACAUUAGUUAUAUUUAACAGGUAUAAUUGUAUUUCCUGCCAUUAGGAUUUUGUUUUGUUUUUAUAGAAAACUGAAGUAUUCAUUUUAUUUGCUUGUUUGAGAAUUUUUAUUUCCUUUGACUGAAAACCCAUUGGAAGAUAAAUGUGUCUUAAAGAUUUAUAUUUAAACAUAUUCUUACAUUUCAUCGUUUUUGCAAUGUAUGGCUAACUGAUAGCACAUGAGUUUGCAUGAUGAAUUUUGAGAAUCUGAAAAAUUACUUUUUUGUCUUUACAAUUCAGUCAACAGAGGUGAACAUUUUACUUUAUGUAGUUGUUAGGUUGCAAGACAUAAAGUGGCACUAAUUAUGCCCACACACACAGAAGAAAUUCUUCAAAUUAGCUACCCUACACUUCUAUGAAUAUAUGAAACCAUAACUGAUUUUUCUCAUGGUAGUUCCUAUCAUUUAGAAUAGUUAAAUGCUGAUGUGUUUAUGUAUAAAACUCACAGAUCUACUCAUUUAAUUUUUAUUUGGGAAUUUUCAUUUCAUCUGACUGAGAACACAGUAGGACCUCAUAUGUAAGUUCUAAAGGUUUAAGCUUUAUUCCACUUGUCAUCAGUUUUAAAUAAAUGGCUAACAGAUGGCAGGUAAAAAAAAAAAUAGGCUUCUGGCUUUCUUACCCAGUUCUAUGUGGUUUUGGAUGUCAAAGAUAUAGUUGAGUCAAUAACUUUAGAUUAAUCACUUCAAUAUAUUCAAGGAUGUGACAACUUUCAAGUAACUAUAUAACAUGGAAGGCCAUGUCAAUCCCAGUAUCAAUGGAUAUAACUUUUAUUCUUAGUUUUUUCAAUAGGAGAGUUUUCAGUAGGAAGACUAAUUUGUGUGUGGGUAGUGAGGUUCUUUUUACUAAUUUUUACCCUUAAAGAAUAAAUAAACCCCUACAAUUAAAAUUCAAAAAUGCCUGUUCACUAAGUACUGAAGAAAGCUAUUUUUGCCUUAGCAAGAGUUGUUAUAGAAGAUUUACUUUCUAUAUUUACUUUCUUUCUGUCAAGCACAUUUCAAUGGUUCUUCACAAAUCUAUCACACACCUGAAAAGAAUAUAUACAAUGGGAUUGAAUAUUUUCCAGUUUCUGACAGGCCUUCUCAACUGUUUUCCAUAAAUAUGUCACUUAAUGAAAAAUAACAUGACAGUAAUCUGAAAAAGAGUGUUAUUAUUUGCAAAUAAAAGAACUGGGCCUCUAAAUUCUAUUCUUAACAGCUUCCCACUCUACCUAGAUCCAAGUACUCUGGGUAUACAGUUAGGAAAAUAAUAUUCAGGAAAGUAUUAGAGAAAGUUAAUAUUUGGGGAAUACUUACUCAGAAACAACCUGAGAACUGGCGCAUUUUUUUCUUCAUUCUGCAAAAGAGGAUCGAUCCCUUUGUUAAACAGCUCACUUAGGGAUGUGAUUCCUGGAGUCAACCAUCUUCAAACCAACUGGAAUAUCAAUUUCUUUACAAUGUAUAUACAGUAUAAACUACCUCACUUGCCUUUAUUGGGGAAAAAUAAUGGACCUUAACAAUUUUUGUUACAAACUGUCCCUGAGUCUUAUUAUUUAAGUCAUUCAGUUAGGUUUAAAUGUACAUUUAAUAAUAUUCCUUUAAUGAUGUAAAAUAUUUUUAGCAAAAGCUUUAAAGCCAAAAAUGCUCUGUAACUGUGAUCUGUGGUAGACUCUGAGAGAAUUUGUGUCCUUCAGUCAUUGUCUUGUGUGUUUAGCCAUACUGAAGUGCAGGUUCUCAAAGGUGGGAAUGAUAUUCAUCUUUUCUUUCAGGCAUUUUUCAACCAUUUUCAUUGCAUCGCACUUAACUGAAAAGUAACAUGAGAUGAAAAUGUCCCUUCUUUCUGUCAAGCACAUUUCAAUGGUUCUUCACAAAUCUAUCACACACCUGAAAAGAAUAUAUACAAUGGGAUUGAAUAUUUUCCAGUUUCUGACAGGCCUUCUCAACUGUUUUCCAUAAAUAUGUCACUUAAUGAAAAAUAACAUGACAUGGGUUAAAAUGUUUCUUUCAAGUAUUUUCAACAGUUUUACAUACACGCACAUACACACACCUUAGUUUAAAAAUAACAUCUUUUCUUCCAUUUUCCAGCAAUUUUCUAAAACUAUGUGACUUGUUUGAAAAAAAUCACAUAAUGCCAAUGUUUUAUGUUGUCUCCCACCUCAAACUUAAUAUUGAUUCUUUUGCCCCAUCAGCUUUCAUUGUUAAGUAUAAUAUGUACGUUGCAUUUUAUCCAUAAAAAUAAAGAGAGAAAAACUAA